GCCGUAUAUAAAUUAAGCGCAAUAUUUUUCCAAAAAAGUAUUAAUUGCUCUCGCCCUGUCUUCUUUAACAAACAACACAUAAAUAUAUUAAUAUUUUGACCAUAAUUUCUACUAUUAAAUAAGCAUGAGUCUUAAAGAAUGGGUGUCCGACACUCUGAUUGACAUUGUUGGCGAAAGCAGCAGCGAAAUUGUCGACUACGUUUUGCACUUGGGUGCCACAAGCACGAACGAACACGACCUGGCCAAGCAGCUCGUAGCAUCUGAUCUUCCUCGAGGCGAAGCCACAGAAAAAUUUGCAAAAGAUCUUUUCUUGCGUGCUCCCAGAAAGGCAAGCCCUGCUGUGGUAGCUGCGCCAUCUCGGUUAAAGCCGCCUGCUGCGAACCAAACGCGAAAACCCGUCAGAGCGACGGAUAGAGAAGUUGAUUCUCGCAGCACUACAGAUACAGAUCGCAACACAGCACAUGGAAAUCAGAUAGAAACCAGUAGCGCAGAGUCGAAGCCGCGAGCAAAGGGCGUCAGGAAACGUCAGAUCGGCGCAGAUGUCUGGGGCAGCGACGAUGAGGAGGAGCGGGGUGCUCUUGAGGAGCGGAUCAAGCGCGCAAAAGCUGGCGACUUUAUAAGCCAGGGUAAUGGCACGGGCAAGGGCAACACUGGGGACAACAACAGCGAUAUCAAUGGAGAGUCAGACUCUGAAGAACACAUGAAUAAGGAUGCAAAGGAGCGCGAUGAAUUUGCCGAGCGCAUGAAGCAAAAGGACCACGAUAAUACAAAAAAAGUUAUUGAAGACCGGUCGACGAAAGACUCUGAGCUGCAGCACCGGCGCGAUUUGGCAAAUGACCACGAGGCGAGGCGCGAGGCACUCCCUGAGAUUCGCGAUCGCGCGCGCCAAGAGUAUUUGAAGCUGCGCGAAGGACAGCGGCUGGAGCUUUUGCGCCAGGAAAUCGCUGACGAAGAGGAACUGUUCAGAGGCCAGAUGCUGACCGAAAGGGAGAAUCGCGAUCUUGAGUACAAGAAAGAGGUCUUGCGACUGGCCGACGAGCGCAAGAACAUUAGCGACACAACUGAUGUCUACACGAUGCCCGAGGAUUACAUCACGGAGAAGGGCAAGAUUGACCUCAAAAAGAAGGAGGACGCACUUUUCGGGCGGUACGACAAUUCAGCGCUCAGGCAGACGAAAAAAGGCGACGUGCCCAUGUUGACUGAGCAGGAACAAUGGGAGCGACAGCAAAUUGGCAAGAGCAAGGUUGAGGUUGGAUCCAAGGACAAAGCGGCAGCAUCGUCCAAGUCAGAAGACAAGGAGUACGACUACGUGCUUGAUCUCGACAACAUUGACUUUGUGCUCGAGGACACAAUGAACGCCGAGAAAAAGGAGAUUGACGAGCGGCAGUUGGCCAUCGAAGCCCACGAGCGCAAGCGUCGCACAAUCAAAGAGGUACGCGAGUCGCUGCCCGUCUAUAAGUACCGCAGCGAGCUUCUGGCAGCUGUGGAGCAGUUCCAGGUUCUCAUCAUUGUCGGCGAGACAGGAUCAGGCAAAACCACGCAGAUCACGCAGUAUCUGCGCGAGGCAGGGUACACGAAGGACGGCAAGCGCAUUGGGUGCACACAGCCCCGACGCGUGGCAGCAAUGAGUGUUGCCGCGCGUGUCGCUGAGGAAGUCGGCACGAAGCUCGGGCAUGACGUCGGCUACGCUAUUCGGUUCGAGGACUGUACCUCAGAGAAGACUGAGAUUGUGUACAUGACCGACGGUCUGCUAUUCCGCGAGUUCAUGACCGAGCCGGAUCUAGGCGGAUACUCUGUGAUCAUGAUCGACGAGAGCCACGAGCGUACGCUUCACACAGACAUUCUCUUUGCGUUGGUCAAGGACAUUGUCCGUUUCCGGCCAGACCUCAAGUUACUAAUCUCCAGCGCCACGAUGGACGCGCAAAAGUUUUCAGAGUAUUUCGAUGACGCGCCCAUUUUUAAGAUCCCUGGCCGGCCGUAUCCAGUCGAGAUUUAUAACACCAAGGCGCCCGAGGCCAACUAUCUGCAGGCGUGCGUCACCACGGUGCUUCAGAUCCACGCAACCCAGCCCAUGGGUGACAUUCUGGUGUUCCUCACCGGCCAGGACGAGAUAGAGCAGGCGCAGGAUAAUUUGAAGCUGGCGAUGAAGGCGCUCGGCAGCCGGGUAGCCGAGCUGAUUAUCUGCCCGAUCUACGCCAACCUGCCCUCGGAGCUCCAGGCGCGCAUCUUCGAGCCCACGCCCGAGGGCGCGCGUAAGGUUGUCUUGGCGACCAACAUCGCCGAAACGUCAAUAACUAUCGACGGCGUCGUCUUUGUCAUUGACCCUGGAUUCGCCAAGCAGAACUCGUACAAUCCGCGCACGGGCAUGGAGUCCUUGCAGGUGGUGCCGUGUUCGAGGGCCUCCGCCAGCCAGCGAGCGGGUCGUGCAGGCCGCGUGGGGCCCGGCAAGUGCUUCCGCAUGUACACGCAGCACGCAUUCCUUAACGAGAUGGACGCAAACACGCCGCCAGAGAUCCUGCGCACCAACCUGUCGAGCGUGGUGCUGAUGCUCAAGUGCAUUGGCAUCAAUAAUCUCAUCGAGUUUGAUUUCAUGGAUCCGCCUAGCCCAGCUGCGCUGCAGCAGAGUCUCGAGCACCUGUACGCUUUGGGCGCGCUGAACGACCGCGGCGAUUUGACCAAGCUGGGCCGGCGAAUGGCUGAGUUCCCGAUGGAUCCGAUGAUGGCCAAGGCGUUGCUGGCUUCCGAGAAAUACCGCUGCUCCGAAGAGCUCGCCUCGAUCUGCGCCAUGCUGUCAGUGUCCGCAGCGGUAUUCUAUCGCCCAAAGGAGAAGAAGGAACAGGCUGACCGCGCGCACGCCAACUUUGUGCGUCCCGGCGGCGACCACAUCGUGCUUCUGACCAUCUGGGAGCAGUGGCUGGAGACCGGGUACUCGAUGCAGUGGUGCUACGAGAACUUUAUCCAGUACCGGUCCAUGUGCCGCGCCCGUGAUCUGCGUGACCAGAUCGUUGGACUGAUGGAGCGCGUGGAGAUCAUCCCCGAGGCCAACCCCAAUCCUGGCGACACAGAGCCUAUUCGCAAGGCGCUCACUGCUGGGUUCUUCUACAACAGCGCGCGCUUGCAGAAGUCAGGCGACAGCUACGCGACCAUUAAGCGCCGGCAGACCGUGCACAUCCACCCGAGCAGCUCACUACACGAGGACAAGCCCAAGCUGGUCGUUUAUUUCGAGCUUGUCCUGACAUCGCGAGAGUUCAUGCGCCAGGUCAUCGAGAUCGACGCAAAGUGGCUGUUGGAGGUGGCACCACACUACUACAAGAAGAGCGACGUAGUUGACGACAUCAAGCGCAAGAUGCCAAAGGCCAUUGUUCACAAGAAGAGAUGAGUGGGGGCGGAUUAUAUUGCCGCAGUUGCCCUGGUGCUGGGGAUCGCAUCAAUUUUUUUAUGGCGUGUUUUCUGCCGGUCCGCAGGAUCAAGCAGGAAUCUCUGAUAUCUCGAAGAAAAAACACCCGCGAUUUACAAGUUUACCGCAUUUUAGCCUGUUGCUUUCUCCUCCGCUUUUCUUUGCCU